AGAUCGUGCCGAUUUUUUCUUCUUCCAACCCCUUUUUCUUUUCUUGUACUUCUUUUUCUUUCCAAUUUCUUCUAAUUACCCAUCUAAUCCUUAGAAAAAUGUCAGAAUAUAUCCUUGUUACUGGUGGUGCUGGUUAUAUCGGUUCCCACACUGUUAUUGAAUUGAUCAACAAUGGUUACAAAGUAGUUAUUGUUGAUAACUUGUCCAACUCAAGUUAUGACGCUGUUGCUAGAAUUGAGUUCAUUGUUAAACAACAUGUUCCAUUUUUCAACGUUGACCUUAAGAACUAUGAAGAAUUAAACAAGGUCUUCCAACAAUACAAGAUCUCCGGUGUUAUUCACUUCGCCGCCUUGAAGGCUGUCGGUGAAUCUACCAAGAUUCCUUUGGAUUACUAUGAAAACAAUGUUAGCGGUACUGUUACCUUAGUCAAGGCUUGUAAGGCCAACAAUGUCCACAACUUGGUUUUCUCAUCCUCAGCUACUGUUUAUGGUGAUGUUACUAGAUUUGGUGACAACUCUAUGAUACCAAUCCCAGAACACUGUCCAAUGGACCCAACUAACCCAUACGGAAGAACUAAGUCUGUCAUUGAAAACAUUUUGAAGGAUGUUUACAACUCUGAAGAAUCUGCUUGGAAAUUUGCUAUUUUAAGAUACUUCAACCCAAUUGGUGCACACCCAUCAGGUUUAUUAGGUGAAGACCCAUUGGGUGUUCCAAACAAUUUAUUACCAUACUUGGCCCAAGUUGCCAUCGGCCGUAGAGACAAGUUAUCUGUCUUUGGUAACGACUAUGACAGUCACGAUGGUACUCCAAUUAGAGAUUACAUCCACGUUGUUGAUUUGGCCAAGGGUCACAUUGCUGCUUUGGACUACUUGAAGAACAUUGAACAAGGUAAAGGUUUAUACCGUGAAUGGAACUUGGGUACUGGUAAGGGUUCUACUGUCUUUGAUGUCUACCAUGCUUUCGUCAAGGCUGUAGGUAAAGAUUUACCUUAUGAAAUUGUCGGUAGAAGAGCUGGUGAUGUCUUGGAUUUAACUGCUAACCCAGCCAGAGCCAACAAGGAAUUGAAGUGGGAAGCUAAAUUAUCUAUUGAACAAGCUUGUAAGGACUUGUGGAAAUGGACCACAGAAAAUCCAUUUGGUUUCAAUGUUGAAAACUAUAGUUGGACUACCUUCGAAAGUGAUGGUAACUACGACAACAGAUUGCACACCUUCACUAACGGUCCAUUGACUGUUAAGUUAGCUAACCGUGGUGCUUUGAUUCAAGAUAUUGUUUUCAACGGUGAACGUUUAGUCAAGGCUUUCGACAAUGGUGACGACUUCAAGUUACCAACUAAUCCAUACUUUGGUACCGUUGUUGGUCGUUUUGCUAACAGAAUUGCUGAUGGUAAAUUCGAAUUAGACGGUAAGAGCUACCAAUUGACCUUAAAUGAAGGUCCAAACAAUUUACAUGCUGGUUUCAAUGGGUUUGACAAGAACAACCUCCUUGGUCCAGUUGUCAAAUUUAAUGAUGGUAAGUUCACUGUUGAAUUCUUGAUUGUUGACCAAGAUGGCAACGAUGGUUUCCCAGGCACCUUAGAAACUGUUGUCAAGUACGUUAUUGAUAACAAAUCUUUAGAAGCUGAAUAUGAAGCUCACUUGGUUGAAGGUGAAGCUACUAUUGUUAACAUGACCAAUCACUCUUACUUCAACUUAACUGAUGAAGCAAAUACUAAUGGUACUGAAGUUAAAUUAGUUUCUGAUAUCAUGAUGGAAGUUGAUGCCAAAUCAUUACUUCCAACUGGUAAGUUCAUCAAGAAUGAAAAGGUCACUCCAAAUAAGCCAAUCACCUUGGAUGAUGAUGCUUUCUUUGAUUAUUGUUUCAUUAGAGACGAAGCUGGUUGUGGUAUCGAUACCAGAUCUUUACCAGUUGUUCCAGUUUUUUCUGCUGAACAUCCAAAGACCACUACUAGAUUAACUGUCUUGACCACUGAACCUGCCUUCCAAUUCUAUACUGGUGAUGGUGUUAACACUAAGGGUUUCGGUAAGAGAGCUGGUUUCUGUUUGGAACCAAGUAGAUUUGUUAAUGCACCAAACCACAAGGAAUGGGCUGGCCAAGUUACUUUAAGAAAGGGUGAAGUUUACGGUACCAUUAUCAAGUACGCUUUUGAAAAGAAGUAAGCAAAAACGCUUACUGCUUUGAUAGUAUAUAGCUAAAAUAAAAUGACUUUGAAUAAAUAGUCUUAUGGAUUUGCAAAAACGAAAAAAAAAAAGAGAUUUACAUUUUUGUUUCUAGACAUCAACUUGUAGAACUUGUACCUCUGUUUAUAGAUAU